AUGUCUUCAGAACAGUACCUCGCUGGCAAGACUGCCAUUGUCACAGGCUCAUCAAAGCUCAACGGUAUCGGCGCUGCAACAGCUCUUGCUUUCGCAAAGCAUGGUGCCAAUAUUGUAAUUCACUAUGCUUCCAACAAGGAAGCUGCCGAGAAAGUCGUCGCUCAAGUCAAGGAGACCGGAGUUCAAGCCAUUGCUGUCAAGGCAGACUCGUCAUCCGAGUCAUUUGGCACAGAUCUCGUCAAGGCUACCUUGGAAGGCCUAAACACAAAGACAAUCGACAUCAUUGUCAACAACGCUGGCCAAGCAAUCGCCCAUCCUGAGAUUGCAGCCAUUGAGGCUGCAAACUGGGACGAUAUUCUCAGAACCAAUGUCCGAGGUCCAUUCCUUCUUAUCCAAGCCGCUCUUCCUUACAUGACCCGCGGAGGUCGCAUCAUCAACAUCGGAAGCAUAGCCGGAAAACUUGGAAUUCCUGCAUUGACUGUUUAUGGAACCUCAAAGGCUGCGCUGACAUUCAUGUCUACUGCCAUGGCGGGGGAACUGGCACCAAAGGGCAUCACUAUUAACGUCGUCUCUCCUGGACCUACAGCAACGGACAUGACAAUGGAGGGAACGCCUAUUGGGGAAGUCUUGAGGAAUCACCAGGUUGAUAAGAGAGAGGGCGAGCCUCGAGAGAUUGCUGAAACUAUUUUGUUUAUUGCAAGUCCUGGGUCUAGCUUUAUCACUGGACAAGUUAUUCCUGUCGAUGGAGGAAUUUAUAUGCCCUAA